CUGGCCACAUCCGGAGCUUUCCCCGGAGUCAGAACUCGGCAGGCUCCCCCUCCUUUUCCCUCCCAACAGGAUUUCUGCUCCAAACGCCCCGGGUUUCCUGCUCCCAGCUGGGAAGGGGAGGGACUCCCGGCCUUGGGGCCUCACAAGCCAAGCUCUGCCCCCAGAGAGGAGGAGGAGGAGGAGGAGGAGGAGGAGGAUGGGCUCUGUCCCCCCAGCGCUUGCCAGGCUCCAUGUCCUGCUCAGGACCGACACCAUCAUCCUCAUCGGAUGGGAAUGAAGGAGCAGACUCUGGGGUGCCAAGUCAGGAAGGGGGGAUUUCAUCUCUGGAGCAAAUGAAGAGACUCUGAAGAGGUUCCUCUUGGCUAUUGACGGUUCCGGGGAGGAUUUUCCAGCAUGCAGCAGCGAGGGGGGGAGAGGAAGGAGGAUGAAGAGCCGGAGGCUUUGGAGGCUCCAUCAGCUGGGAAGAGCCGAGGCAGCGCAGCAGCAGGCGGAGGGCGGGCGUGGGCAGUGGUGUUUCACUUCUUCCUGGUCAAUGUGCUCGUGAUGGGGAUGCUCAAAACCUUUGGGAUUUUCUUCGUGGCUUUCCGAGAGGAGAUCGGGGGAUCCUCCGAGCAGGUCAGCUGGAUCGGCUCCAUCAUGUCCUCCCUGCGCUUCCUGGGAGCCCCGCUCGUGGCCGUGGUGUGCCGGAGGCUGGGAGAGCGGCCGACCUCCAUCCUCGGGGCCGGGCUGGUGGCCGGGGGCUGCCUGCUCAGCACUCAGGCCACCAGUGUCCCCUUCCUCUGCUUCUCCAUGGGAUUCCUCCUGGGGAUGGGGUUCGCCUGCCUGUACCAGGCGGGCGCGGUGAUGACGGCCAAGCGCUGCCGGGCACGCCUGGCCUUCUGCAACGCCCUCGCCCGCUCCGGGAUGGGGCUGACGUUCCUGAUGGCUCCCUUCACUCAGCUCCUCAUCGAGUUCUACGGCUGGCAAGGUGAGGGAUCUCCUGCUCCUUCAGAUUCACCAGCUCCCAGAGGGCGUUUGGGGAGAUCUGGGCAGGGUACUCUCCUGAUUUUUGGAGGCAUCAUGCUGAACCUGGUGCCCUCCAGCAUGUUGCUGUGGCCCGUCAGCCCCCGAGUGCCUCGGGAAUCUGCUGAAAACCAAGACCGGGGGUCUUCAAUGGAAAAGAAGGAUCCAGAAACUCCUGGGGGAUGUUCAGCUGGAAGCACUCACAGGGAAUUACAGCUUCUCAGAGCACAGGAGGCUCCCAGCACAGAGGGACUCGUGAUGCCCCAUGGCAGAGAUGUCUCCGAUCCAGCAAAUCCAUCUGCCUUGGGAAGGCUCCAGAAACCCACUCUGGAGAGCUCCUCCUCAGAAACAUCCACCGAGGCCAAGAGAAGCCACAAACCCCUUCCAGCCACCAAAAAGGAACCUUCUCAGCCUCUCCUGGACUUCUCCCCGCUGAAGGAUCCCGUUUUCUUCAUUUUCACGUGGUCUUUCCUGUUCAGCCACCUGGCCUACUUCGUGCCCUUCUUCCACCUGGUGGCGAGAGCCAGGACGCUGGGCAUGAGCAGCAGGGACAGCUCCUACCUCAUCGCCGUGGCUGGUAGGCAAAGGGAUCCUUUACACCCACGGGUCACACAGCAACACCACAGAUUCUGCCAAGAAAUAGUCCCAGGCAUCACGGAGAUGCUGAGCCAGCUGCUCUCGGGCUGGGUGGCCGACCACAACUGGACCAAGAAGUACCAUUUCCAUGUCACCUACCUGCUGCUCAGCGGGGCCACCAACCUGCUGGGGCCACUGGCCACCACCUUCCCGCUGCUCCUCACCUACACCGUGGCCUUCGCCACCUUCUGCGGAGGCUUCAUGGCUCUGGUGCUGCCCGUGCUGGUGGAUCUGGUGGGUGUGGAAAAGCUCCACAGCUACCUGGGGUUUGCUGCCUUCUUCGCAGGGAUAGCAGCCAUGGGAGGACCUCCUUUAGCAGGCAGAGCAAGUUGGAAACAAUCCAGAGCUCAGGAUCCAGGUUUGGCAUCCAAGAUAAAUGCUGCAAUUUUCUCUUUCAAUGCAGUUUUAAGUGUGAAAACUGAGUGAGACCAGAAACUCCUGAUGAAGUGGCCAAACCCACCUGCUCCUUGCAGAAUGCAGGAUUUAAACACUCUGUGAGACCUUGGAAUUUGGUGCUCUCACCUCCCAGAAACCUUGAGUUUAGAAUUACAGUUUUAUCAAACUCAAGUGCUUUUAUGCAGUGGAAAUAAUGAUGAUGGGUAAUGAGAACUGCAAAGGUUAAAACUGCCUAAUUUGCAUAUUAGAUCAAAGCCUAAUGCAAGGAAAAGGUGCCUUACCUGCAAAUCUGUUCAGCUGAGAGCCCUGAAAUCCAGGGGCAGCUGGCAGGACCCGAAGGGGAAGUUCGGAGUCUCCUUCAGAACUCCCCAUCCACUGGCACCUCUGGAUGCUGCCACGCUGAAAAAACCCAACCCAAAGCAGAAUAAACAUUAUUUUGGCAGCCAUGAGCAAGCUGAGAGGAGGGCACAGUUUGUUUCCACCAGCAGUACAAAUAACUGACUCAAAGUGCAGAAGAGCUGAACCAAAGCAUGUAAUGCAAGUUCUAGAAGAGAUUCCAGCCCCCAGAGCACAAACUCCAAUCCCAAGAAAUUUGGGUGGUGAUAGGAGAGAGGAUGGAGUUUCCCAAAAGCUCUGCUGGCACAUAUACUUAGAUGUUUUCUACAUUUUACCUUCACCUUCCCACUGAAUUUUGCUCCUCAGGGCAUCAGGAAUAAAUCGAACUUCUGAUUAAAGAUCAGUAGCACCAUUUAAACAGCCUGACCCAGCUGGCAGCACCAGCAGUGCUGGGAAUGUUUCGUUUGGAUCACAUUGGUGCCUGGGAUUUACCAGCAUUCCUUACAAAACUGCUGCUUUGCUGGAGUUCGAACACCACAAGAUCCUAAUUCAGCUUUCUGCAGCAGGAGUGAUUAUUUGUUUGGAAAAGGAUUGGGGGCACAGAGACUGGAGUUGCUUCAAAAGGUUGGGGUGUGGUGGAAGUUAAUGGCUGUGCUGCCAGUGAGGCAAUGCUGGUAAAUCCCUCUGCACCGAAAUCCCAUUCUGCACCAAAAAAACCCCCAAGAACAUGAAAAAAAAAAAAAUUAACAAAUAUCCUGAAGGAUAUUU